AUGCUCAUUCGCUCUUUCACGAGCUCUCUCACGCGCUCUUUCACGCGCUCUCUCACGCACUCUCUCGCGCGCUCUCUUACGCGCUCUUUCACGCGCUCUCUCACGCACUCUCUCACGCGCUCUCUCGCGCGCUCUCUCACGCGCUCUCUCGCAUGCACUCUCAGGCACACUCUCACGCGCUCUCUCUCGCGCACUCUCACGUGCUUUUCCACUCGCUCACUCACGCGCUCUCGCACGCGCUCUCUCAUGCACACUCUCACGCGCACUCUCACGAUCUCACACGCACUCCCUCACGCGCUCUCUCACGCGCUCUCUCACGCGCACCCUCACGCGCACCCUUAUGCGCUCUCUCACGCGCUCUCUCACGUGCACACUCACGUGCUCUCUCACACGCACUCUCAGACACACCCUCACGCGCAUUCUCUCUCGCGCACUCUCACGCGCAUUCUCUCUCUCUCACGCACUCACUCACGCGCUCUCUCACGCGCACUCUCACGCACACUCUCACGCGCACUCUCACGCUCUAACACGCGCUCUCUCAUGCGCUCUCUCACGCGCUUCUCUCACACGCUCACUCACGCGCACCUCACGCACACCCUCACGCGCUCUCUCACGAGCUCUCUCACGCUCUCACACGCGCUCUCUCACAUGCUCUCUCAUACGCAACCUCACGCGCUCUCUCACGCGCUCUCUCAUGCGCUCUCUCACGCGCUCUCUCACGGGCACCCUCACGCGCUCUCUCACGCGCUCUCUCACGCACACCCUCACGCGCAUUCUCUCUCGCGCACUCUCACGCGCAUUCUCUCUCUCUCACGCACUCACUCACGCGCUCUCUCAUGCGCUCUCUCACGCACACUCUCACGCGCACUCUCACGCUCUAACACGCGCUCUCUCAUGCGCUCUCUCACGCGCUUCUCUCACACGCUCACUCACGCGCACCUCACGCACACCCUCACGCGCUCUCUCACGAGCUCUCUCACGCUCUCACACGCGCUCUCUCACAUGCUCUCUCAUACGCAACCUCACGCCUCUCUCAUGCGCUCUCUCACGCGCUCUCUUGCACGCUCUCUAAUGCGCACCCUCGCGCGCUCUCAUGCGCUCUCUCAUGCGCACCCCAACGCGCUCUCUCAUGCUCUCUCUCACGCGUUCUCUCGCGCGCUCCCUCACGCCCUCUCCUGCGCUCUCUCACACGCUCUCUAA